AUGGCACUUUCUCCUGACCUCUUGGCUCAAUGCCGCAGCAGCUGCGAAGAACUCUUCGCUGAACGGUUUGCUGCAUCGUUUCGUUCCCUUGAGCUGAUGUUUUGGAUCUUGGCUUUCCUUUGUGCAGCACAUGCCUGCGCAGCACAUGCCGCAAACACGACUUGUUCACCGGGCAUGCAGCUGCUUCAGAAGGGGAAUUCUGCCCGGAAAUCGAAGCAGUUCGAAUGGCUGCCACAAGGUGAUUGUCCAGCUGGUUCGUUCCAGAUCCCACCGGACUACCGACGCGAGACGUUUUGGCAGUGUUGCAGCGGUCGUUGCCCUGGUGGUGGUUGCUUCUCAGACUGCGGCUGCAAAUGCACUUAUGCCACGAACUGUGCAGAGCUUGGUGAGGAUGGAGACCGAAGCUGCAGGGAUGGAACGGGUUGCCAUUGGACGGGGGAGGAGUGCGUGGAUGCAGAAGCAAAUGGCAUCACAACCACGAUCUUUACCCUUCCAGCAGGUCACAUCAUAGUGGAUAUUGGGCACAGCGGGCGCAACGAAAAGUGCGUGCAGGUGUCUGAGUCCGUCUCAUGCGACUCUGAUGCUGGCAACCUUGAGAAGCGGGCGAAUGGGAACCCAGCCCCUGAUACGUUUCUGAUCUUCCUUAGGCCGGAGAAAUCGGAAGUUUGCGCGCAAAGGACCGAUAGCCCCAGGGGAAUGGGUCUAAAGAUUGUGUGUGCUGUGGCGGGAACUACCACUACUACUACAACGACAACGACGCUGUCCACCUCGAUGAGAUCUUCCCACCCCAGCUUCACCCCUGCUACUGAGCCAAUGGACCAAGCUUGCCGUGGGCGAAACCAUACCGACAACUCAGCUUCGUAUUACGAGGUUAUUGAUGUCACUGGAGUUCAGGAAUGCCGGCAGAAAUGUUUGGACAUGAAUGGCCUUUGCAAGGGUAUUGAGUACUCUGGCCUUUCUCGCUGUUGUGGACGCGGCCAGAGGGCAUUGGUGCCAUCAACGGAGUGCCAUUCUUCAGUUGUGAGAUAA